AUGAAUAAUAAAAUUACAAAAAACAUUGAAAACCAAAUAUUAGAAGCUUUAAAAGAUAAGGAAGAUGAAUUAGAUUUAGAAAUAAGAAGAUAUGAAGCAUUACAGAAAAAAAUUUAUGAUGAAAAUGAUGAAGAAUUAGAAAGUAUUAAAAAUAAAAGAUUACAAGAAUUAAAGAGUAAAUAUAAAGAAAAAUUAACAUUAUUAAGAAAAGGGCAUGGAAGUUAUAAAGAGGUUUUAUCAGAAAAAGAAUUUUUUCAAAUAUGCAAAAAUUCAAAAAAGGUUUGUUGUCAUUUUUAUAGAAAUACUACAUGGAGAUGCGAAUAUUUAGAUAGUAAAUUGAUUAGCUUAUCUAAAAAAUUUUUAAAUAUUAACUUUAUUAAAAUAAAUGUGGAAAAAUCUCCUUUUUUAUGUGAGAGAUUGAAAAUUUGGUGUAUACCUACAUUAAUGCUCAUACGAGAUGGAAAAACAGAACAUUCAAUAAUUGGAUUUGAAGAAUUAGGAGGAGAUAAUUUUUCUGAGAAAACUUUAAUUAAUGUUUUAAUAAAAUGGAAAUUAAUAGACAAAAAAGAAAUAGAAGAUUAA